AUGCUCUCUCGGUCGUCGACUUCAUUCCUCCCGUUCCAUCGUGUGUUCGCUCGUCGACUGGGGGCUGGACCCUGUCGUUCAUCUCCUCCUCGCUCUACGCGGUCUCUCGUCUACACGGCCGAUAAGAGUGCGAUGAACCAAAACCACAUAUCAACCGCGUCAUAUCCUUGUCUAGAUUGCAGUGGGGAUUCUGCGAGGUUUCCGACACCGGAGGAGUUGGAAAUUCAUAUUGCAAGCGACCAUUUGAAUUACUGCCCAUAUGAAUGUGAACGAUGUCGAUUUGCGAAGUUUCCUACAGAAUAUGCGCUAAUUUCGCAUUGCAAAAACGAUCACGGUCUGAAGGAAUUCUUUGUAUGUAUUUGUUCAUUGACGUUCGGUACCGUUUCACGGUUUGAAGCUUGUGACACGCAAGGUUUGGAGCUAAAAUUAAAGAUGCGAGCAUGUCUUCAGCGUCAGCGCAGUGGUUGCGAAGAUAACCUAGGACUGGGAACUUCAAAUGGGCACAGCAAUUCAUUUCACGGAUCAGUUGAAAAAUAUGAGGAUCCAGACAGCUUCCCAUCGUCUGUUGAGCCGUCAGGAUCUUCGUCGGAUCAUGCCACCGGAGCAGCGCAACCAGGAUCUGGAUCAUCAGCCAGUUCUGGAGGCGUUGUGCCUCCAUCUACGUCACCUACAGGCAUCGCCACCACUCCCACUUCAGCAAUACCUCAACUUCCACGCCAUAUAGCAAACAGCGGAGGAAACCCACCGCAUUCCUUGAUGAGUUAUACAGGUUCCGUGGAUUCCAACUCACAGUUACACAUACUCACAUGGUCAUACACAUGCCAAAUUUACGGAAGCAGCUUCCCGUCCAAUUGUGGCCCUUCAGCUGCGUUAGCUGAACUGUCUCCAAUGGAUUUUGCUAGCGAUGCUAUGAGCUCAGGAAUGGACUUUGCCGCCUUGAUAGGAGAGGGAGAAGAGCUGAUUAGGAAAGUCAGUUAUGUUUUUACUUCCAGCCGAAAGAUGCUGUCACUUGUCAGAUUUGCGGCUUUGAAAGUGUCGAAUCAACGUUCUAGUCUCGUCUAUCACGCGAAACAAAGUUGGCAUAUAAAGCUGAACCUUUACCAAUGUGCUGUUUGUCAGAAGACGUGGCAAACUAUAGCUAAGUCCGAUGUCUUGAAACAUGUCAAGGCAAUUCAUAAUGGUGAUGAAAGCAUGAUUGUUGACAAUCGGAAACGCCUUGGUUAUCAGCUGCGUAUGUUCACUGCUCGAUGUUUUCCACCCAAACCAAACAACAAGGCUCGUCCACUUACAGCAGGUUGUUCACCUCCUCGCCCAGGGGUAUCUACGAACGAAACUGACUACAGUAGCAUGCAUUCUGAGUCAGCGAGCCAAAUUCUGCAAUCGUUUAUUGUGUCAGGAGCAGGAAACACACUAAACGCUCCAAAGGAAGAGCCAGAUAUGGAUCACGAUGAGGGAGACCACGAAGAGACCGGUGAUGGAUUGGAUGAGGUCGACAAUUCGUAUGGCGAUGGGAACGUCAUGCAAGCUGCAUUGGCAUGUAUGGUGAAAAAAUGGAGUGCAGUGGCGCUUUGGGCAUGGGAUAUUCAAGUAGAUAACUGUGCAAUCUGCCGCAACCAUAUCAUGGAUUUAUGUAUUGAAUGUCAGGCCAAUCAGGGGAAUCAAAGUACGGGUCAAAAGGAAGAAUGUACGGUGGCUUGGGGAAACUGUAAUCACGCGUUCCAUUUCCAUUGCAUUUCUCGUUGGCUGAAAACUCGUCAGGUUAGUAAAGCGUUGUUCUGCGGGGUAUGUCCUUUGGACAACAGAGAAUGGGAGUUCCAGAAAUAUGGUCACUAA